CUCAGCAGUGACGUAGCACGCAGCAGGCGGUGAGGACGUGCGAGCCCUUCCUCCUUCCUCUUUCUGGACUCCAUCUUCGUGGUUACGGCUGCGGUGGCCGUAGUUCAGUCGCCGACAUGCAGCUCUUUGUCCGCGCCCAGGAGCUACACACCCUCGAGGUGACCGGCCAGGAGACGGUCGCCCAGAUCAAGGUUCAUGUAGCCUCUCUGGAGGGCAUCGCUCCAGAAGAUCAAGUCGUGCUCCUGGCGGGCACGCCCCUAGAAGAUGAGGCUACCCUGGGUCAGUGUGGAGUGGAGGCUCUGACCACCCUGGAAGUAGCCGGCCGCAUGCUUGGAGGUAAAGUCCAUGGUUCCCUGGCCCGUGCUGGGAAAGUAAGAGGGCAGACUCCUAAGGCUGAGGGAAGGCAUGGAAGAGGUCAACCAGGGUCUGAUCGUUCCUUCCUUUGCCCAGGUGGCCAAGCAGGAGAAGAAGAAGAAGAAGACAGGUCGUGCCAAGCGGCGGAUGCAGUACAACCGGCGCUUCGUCAACGUUGUGCCCACCUUUGGGAAGAAGAAGGGCCCCAAUGCCAACUCUUAAGUCUGUCGUGAUCCUGGCAUUCCCCCAAUAAAGCCACUUAGUCCAGA